CGUGUUCCACUUCAGUAUAGAACUCUGCUUGUGGCUCGUGGGUUGACUCGUUCUAGACGCCAACGAUGCACUAUCGGUGGACCCAAGCCUUGACCCAUCGUCGGGAACAUGAACCGAAUGGACCUCGCUAAUCCAUGGAAGACUUACGCAGAGUGGAGUAAGAUCCACGGCCCCAUCUUCAAAAUUACGCUGAUGGGGUCGGAAACCGUAGUGGUCAGCGAUGAAAAGAUCGCCCUAGAGCUGCUUGACCGUCGGUCCAGCAAAUACUCAGGGCGCAUGUGGUUUGCUACAGCUGAACCGUGCAUCGGAAUUGUCCGCACUUUUCUCCCUUGAGCUACCUGACUGAACCCAUGCUUGCAGAUAUGGGCUUAGUCGACUGACUACUCUCCUCGGAUACACGGACGAGUGGCGCGCUCACCGAUGCCUUUUUCAUCACCAUUUCCGGCCCGAGGCAACCAAAAAGUAUCGC